GUAAAUUUUCCUGCCCAGUAAUAUUACUUUGACGUGGAAGAUCUGUCCACCAUCUUGUUGACACUGGAGCAGAUUACGUUGAGAUUCACACAAACCGGCUAGUGAUUUUAGUUUUCUUAAAUAAUAACACAAAAUGGUGCUGCUUGCAGCUGCUGUGUGUAAUAGAUCUGGAAAAGCGAUCAUCUCACGUCAGUUUGUCGAGAUGACCCGUUCCCGCAUUGAAGGCUUGCUGGCUGCUUUCCCCAAGCUUAUGGGUUCAGGGAAGCAGCACACAUUUGUGGAGACGGAGAGUGUGAGAUAUGUAUAUCAGCCACUUGAAAAACUCUAUGUCCUACUCAUCACAACUAAAGCUUCCAAUAUUCUAGAAGAUCUGGAAACGUUGCGAUUGUUUGCCAAAGUUUUGCCUGAAUACUGUCGCAACAUGGAGGAGUCUGACAUCAUUGCUCAGGGCUUUUCCCUCAUCUUUGCUUUUGAUGAAAUAGUUGCAUUAGGCUACAGGGAGAAUGUCAACCUUGCUCAGAUCAAAACAUUCACAGAAAUGGAUUCUCAUGAAGAAAAAGUUUUUAUUGCUGUUCGACAGUCUCAAGAGAAAGAAGCCAGAGAUCAAAUGAAAAAGAGAGCCAAAGAAAUACAACAGAAGAAUAGAGAAAGCUCCAAGUAUGGCCGUAACACUAGCUAUCCUUCAGCUGGAGGCUUUGGAAGUGGCUCCUACAGAUCUGACUCAUCAGUUAUUGAAAAUAGUACCUCGGUAGAUACACCUAAGCCAGCAUACAGUAAACCAGUGAAACAAUCCGCUGGUCCCAGCAAAGCCCUCAAGUUGGGUUCAAAGAAGAAAGAUGUGGACACAUUUGUUGGACAGUUACAGUCAGAAGGAGAAAGAGUCACAGAUUCUUCUAAAUCACUGAAUGCUCCGAGUACCAAAACAAUUACUCCAGCUGCCAAUCAAGAAAGUGUACAUUUGGUGGUUGAAGAGAAGAUCUCCCUUACUGCUGGCCGUGAUGGAGGACUUCAGAACAUGGAAGUUCUUGGAAUGUUGAAACUGAAAGUUAAUAAUGAGAAAUCAAGUAGAAUCAAGGUUUUGAUCACUAAUAAUGACACCAAAGGAAUACAGUUGCAGACACAUCCUAACAUAGACAAGAAGUUGUUCACUCAGUCGUCCAUUAUUAGCUUGAAAAAUCCAGAGAAACCUUUCCCUGUGGGCCAAGAUAUUGGUGUUCUCAAAUGGAGGUUUCAAACACAGGACGAAGCUUGCAUGCCCUUGUCGAUCAACUGCUGGCCAAAUGAGAAUGGUGAGGUGAACAUUGAGUAUGAACUGGAACAAGACAAUAUGGAACUUGAAGAUGUACAAAUUAACAUACCAUGUCCUACUGGUGCUGGAGCUCCAGUAGUUAAUGAGUGUGAUGGUGAACAUCACUUUGAUAAAAAAGCUCUGCACUGGCAGCUGCCUUUUAUAGAUGCUUCCAACAAGACUGGAAGCAUGGAAUUCACCAUCAAAGGCCAUCCUGAAGACUUCUUUCCUAUAACAGUCAGUUUUGUAUCUAAACGUUCCUUCUGCGAUAUCACAGUGAAUGAAGUUCAACAACUUGACAGUGGAGCACCAGAAAAAUUCUCAUCAGAAAUAGUUUUCUUUGUGGAUAAAUAUGAAAUAGUGUGAUGGUAUUGUUUGAAACCUGUUUAUUUUUUUUUUUGUAUUAUGUGUGCAGCUGUGUGUGUGCAUGUGUGUGUCUGAGAAGAAAGAUUUUUUUAGCACUAAUUUGUGAACAACCGAGAGAGAAAGAGAGAGAAAGUUGUUUGACCAAUCAAUGGACAAUGUGAUCUGCGUGGUGAACUUAUUGCCUUUGUCAUUAUCAUCAGCUGUUUAAGAUGAUCCUACAAAAUUGCAUUGGUUUUAGCAAUAACUGGAGUGGUCAAUGCCCAAGACAAUAGAAUGUAACCAUUUGGUUUAAUUUAAAAAAGAAAGAAUUCGCAAUGACUGUUAUCUUGACUAUUAUUGUAAUCGAUGGCCUUAAGGUAAUACAUUAUCAGCUUCAUAUUUUGAAAGGCAGGUUGGGGGGGGGGGAAUAAUCCUUAUUAACUGCAUAAAGUGUUUAAGUGAAUGACUGGUUAUAAAUUAUUUUAGUUUACUGUAGGUGAUGGUUUGUCACUGGCCUUUUUGUUGAAGGUGCUUGGAUUGUAUGUCCUUGUGGGUAGACACAUUGUUGGAUUGUCAUCACAUUCCACAUCAGUGUGUUGAGCAUUUCACUUGACAUUCAGGCUGCAUCCAGUGGAACUGAUCUUUUGGUCACCCAAAUUAAUCACGUGUGUCUCACUCCUAUUGGUGAUUGGAUUGUAAGGUGUGUGUGUGUGUUUGUAAGCUGGGGGCUAUCCUUGUUAAAUUUCAUGUACAUUAUUAUGACUAAUGUUGGUGUAUGUCCACACUCAUGGUGGGUCCAAUAUCUCUGGUUCUCUAAGACGUUUACAGCUUGCAGAAAAAAAGUAUAGUUAUAGUUUGUCCUGUACUGAAGAAGUUGUUUACUCAGCUGUCCUACUACAUGCCCACACCAUUCUCUCUCCCAUUUUUCCCUAAUGGAUGAUUGUAUUGACAGUAGAAUUCAUUUUGAAUGCUCACUGUUUUCUUGUGUAUAAAUCUUUAAGACAUAUGUUGGUUGCUAUUAGUAGUCUCUAAUGCCACAGAGGACCUGUUGUUGUUGUUUUUUUCACAAUAUUACAACAGUGGAAAUAAUUAUUUAUUAACAGGCAGUUCCAGACGCAGGAGAACAUAUCUUUUUGCAUAUUAAAAUCAUUGAAAAUAUUCCACACAGAGAUAGCCAUAGUCCUCAUGCUAUGUAGUGAUACUCUGUAUCAAAAUUGAGCUAAUAAAGACCAGUGUUUUAUAAUUAUAAUCAUUGACAAUAAGUGGAUUGAAAAGAACCAUAUAAAAAAAAAGAGAACCAGUGUUCUAUAAAUAAUCUUUCUAAAUCUAUGUACAUUUAUAAAUUUUGUCCAUUGUUUUUGUUUUAUCGUGUAGAUAGGUGUUCUGUGCAUUUAUUAACUAUUGCUAAGAACAUUUUAUUUUUAAAAAUCAUACAUUACUCAUUCAACUUGAAUGGCCAACGUCGCCCACCGUUGCCCUGUUAGUAUGAAUAAUGACCUUCUAUGUGCUAUAUUAAACUUAGUAGACCAGUAAAUAAUACAAGAAAUUAAGAAAAAGUUAUUCUUUGGCUGAUAUAUAAGUAUAAAUUAUUAUUAACCCUGAUGCUAGAAGUAUGGAGGAAAUCUUAGAUCUUGUGUAUCUAAGAAAUCUAGAACUGUCUGGAACUGCUUGAGCUGAGCACAAUGACUGGGAUGUCAAGAAGUCUGUGAAGGCCAGAGUUUGCUGGCUUUACAUUAAAUUUCAUUUUGUUUUGUUUUUUUCACACCUAGACUUUAUGUUUUUAUUUUGUUCAGUUUCAAACUGUUGGGGACUCUAUAUAUUGUGAUGAUACUUAUAUUUUGACAUUUGCUUUAAACUUUGGAUUCAUUGUGUAAGUCUCUAUUGGAGCAAGUAGAACUGUUGAACUAGGAGACUGACUCUACAUUUCUGUGAAUAAGUUAUAUCUUGUUUCCUUUUUUUUUUUUUUCCUUCUGAUCAUGCUGGCACUGAGUUCCUCAGUGACUGUUAUACACAUUUUCUUAAUGAAUGAAAUACAUAAUUAAACGUUGAUGACAGACUA